AUGACUGACUACCGAUUGCCGCUCCAUCAGCCACCACCUGCUCGGAAACCGGUUCCUGGGAUGCAUGCUGGUUAUCCAUUCCAGUCCUAUGAUGGACCUCAUAAGCAACAGCUUUCUCCUCACCCUUCCCUCACUCACAAUCGGGGCCGGAUGCCUUCGGCCAAUGCGUCACCCUAUAUGGCUCAGCAGCAACCCUACUCCAAUACCCCUUCGCCACAUCAUACCAUGACUUCUACUCCUAGUUACCCUCCCUCGAGAAGAUUGUCGAGCGCGACGACGUCCACGAGCUCGACUGGCAACGCUGCGGGUCACUCCGCCGUUUCCGAUAUCCGCAGAAGCACGUCAUCGCGUUCCGCCAACUCUCAGCUGGGUUAUGUUGCUCUGAUGCGGAGGCAGAAGGCCACAGUGUGGUGUGAUCGAGCACAACUGGAGGAUCCCCGCCUCCGGGCCCAGAAGCUUGCCGACAAGAAGAGAGCGUACCUUGAAGUCCAUGGCGCAGGCGCCGGUGGACGGGCGAGUACCCUUGGAAGCGGUAAAAUUAAACACUCCAAGGGAGGCACUGAUUUCUCACCCUCAAACCUCGUGUCGGCUACUGUUCCCGUACGGCUCAGUGCUAAUGAAGUGGGGGAUGCGGAUGAGGAUGCACACAGCGAUCAUGGAUUUCCUCAUCGUCGCACUGGCAGCGGUCGCAGCUCUUUGGGAAGCAACCACCGUUAUCCCAGUGGCUAUCAGCGGACGCCCCAGGGCACCCUGGGAAGUAGCAGCACUCCUCCGAGCGAGAAGACGGAUUUGCCAAAUGUCACGGAGCAUCCGCCGGCGGAAAGCACCGAGGAAAAGCAAGUCAAAGAUGACGCCGCUACCACCUACAGCUUCGAGGCCGCAGAUGAGGACAAUUUUGGGAGCGUAGGGGAGAUGGCUGCCCCCAGUGCAGCUACCACGGCGGCCGAAAAGGCGAGGAGGGCGGACGAACUAAGACGGCGGGGCAGUGUAGACGAUCGAACGAGCACGAUGACCAAUGUCCGACUUUUUGUUGCAAAUCCAGACCUCAGUGAUUAG